AUGCCUGCCGGAAAGCUGGGGCGGGGAGGGACGCCCCGCGACCCUCCCCAUGGCUUUGUCCAAGCUCAGAGCUUAGCGUUGUCCCCGCCGCCGCUUCCCUCCGCGCUAGAGAAACGCUCACCGACACUGAGCAGCCGAAAGAGGACGGGGAACGGCGGCUUCAGGCUAAGAGAUCGAGGCCGGGAGCAGGAGGCUGGGAAGCAGGCAGGCAAACCGGGCCCGUCCCGUCGCACCCUCGUGCCCCGGGAGACCAGGCACUGGAGUUGCCAACCCGAGAGCAUCGCCCGAUACUUCCCGGCCUGCCCAGCCCCGGGGGUGUUUGCCGGGUCGUACCCCCUUGAGUCGCUCCCCUCCUUCCACGCCUCUCCCCCAGAAGAACUGAUGGAGCUGGAGGCGGCGGUGGAAGUUCCCCAGGGCGAGCAGCACUGCCCACUGCCCCUCAGCCCCGGGGACACCACAGGCGGAAGGAAGCAGGGACAACGGCCCUGGGAGCCAGCCGGCAGAGACGGGAGAAGCCGCUACCGCCCGGGUCAGCCCCCGGGAGCCCCCGAGGAGCCGCCCGAGCUGUCCCAGCGCCCCGACACCGGCUCUCCGUGGCCAUUCCCGCGGCGUCGGGCCCGCCCCGCCGAGCACCGUCCGCCCCGAGCCAUCAUCGCCUGUCCGCACGACACACAACGAGCUGUCGCCGACAGCCGGGUCCUGUCCCCGGCGCCCACCCCAGUGUCCUGCAGAGGGCAGAGGCUGCUCGCCUUCCGCGGGCACUGCCCGCGGGUCCCUCCGCCACCCCCGGCCCUCGUGGCACGUCUGCGGCACACAGCACUCCUUCUUUCUGUCACGUCUCCAAACUAUUGA